CACUGUUUUCAGUGGGCUGACCUCUUGUUCUGCUGGUCCUCAAGGCGUUAUUUACACACCUUUUAAAGAAUGACACCAUCAGGGAGGCAGGAGGGCAGUCCUCUGAUAUUGGUGUUGAUGGUUGCCUCUGCAGCCAUCGGAGGAACGCUUCAGUAUGGCUACAAUCUGGCAAUAAUGAACGCUCCAACCACUUACAUCCAAACUUUUAUCAAUGAGACGUUCCUCCAGCGCUGGGACUUUCAGCUGGAGGACUACCAGGUGACGUUGGUAUGGACAAUCAUUGUCUCCAUCUUCUCACUGGGGGGCUUUGCUGGAGCACUCAUAGCGGGACCAAUGACCAUUCGCUUUGGGAGGAAGAAAUGUCUGCUGCUGAACAAUAUUUUCCUCAUGAGCGGGGCACUCUUAGCCCUCACAAGUCGGGCUGCCAGGUCAUUUGAGAUGAUCAUACUCUCACGUGUGCUGAUUGGAAUAAAUGCUGGAAUCAGCAUGAAUGUACAACCCAUGUAUUUUGGGGAAAGCGCACCAAAGCACUUGAGAGGAGCCAUAUCGCUUUCAUCGGCUGUUUUCACAGCAUUUGGUGUCGUUUUGGGGCAGGUGGUCGGUCUCAGGGAGAUUUUGGGAGGUGAGUCAUGCUGGGAAUAUCUGCUGGCCAGUAAUGCUAUUCCUGGCUUCAUCCAGCUUCUGACUCUGCCCUGGUUCCCAGAGAGUCCCAGAUACCUGCUUAUCGACAGAGGGGACAAAGAGGCUUGUAUCAACGCUUUGCGGCGUCUUCGAGGCUGUGAGGUCCAGAGCAGUGAGCUGGAUGAGAUUCUGGAGGAACAGGCAGAUAUUAAAGGCAUGAGACCAAAGCGGCCGUGGGAACUUUUCGCUGAUCGUUCUGUGCGCUGGCAGCUAAUUUCUGUCAUCAUUAUCAGCAGCGCCAUGCAGCUCUGUGGAAACGAUUCAAUUUACUUCUAUGCAUCUUAUGUGUUUAAAGAGGCCGGCGUAUCUGAGGAUCAAAUUCAGUACGCCACAAUCGGCACGGGGACCUGUGAGUUUACAGCAUGCAUUAUGUGUAAUCUGUUGGUUGAGCGCAAAGGUCGGAGGUUCAUGUUGAUGGGAGGUUUCCUCCUUAUGACCAUCUGGACUAUCAUCUUCACAAUCGCUCUGUCAUUUGAGAGUUAUGUAUCGUGGGUGUCGCACCUGAGCGUGGCCUGCAUCUUCACCUACAUAAUCAGUUUUGGGAUGGGACCAGCUGGGGUAACCGGCGUUCUUCCCACUGAGAUCUUCAAUCAAACGGCUCGGCCAGCUGCCUACAUGAUUGCUGGCUCCAUGAUGUGGCUCAAUCUGUUCUUCGUUGGAAUGAUCUUUCCAUUUCUGGUGAGUGGACUGAGUGAGUACUGCUUUGUGCCCUUUGGAGUCAUGUGCUUGUUGUCUGCUCUGUACAUUGGCCUGUUUCUACCGGAGACCAAAGGGAAGUCUCUGUCCGACAUUACCAGCGAAUUUCACAAGAUGAACUUCAAAGGCCAAAAUGACAAAACUUUGGAAUUACAAACUCAGUAUAAACUGGGCGAGGUGUGUCUUUCCACUGCCUUAUAGUACUAGCCAUCACUGCCUCACCAUCAAGACUCCAGGAAGUAAUCCCAGACACCGAUGUUGUGAGACUUUACCAGAAGAUUAUGAAUAUUUUAAAUAACUAGAACUGUAAGUUAUAUUUAAUUAAUAGUUGAGUUAUUUGUAUUGCCUAGUAGACUUCUUUCC